AUGCUCUCAUCCCGUUUUGUCCGCGCGCUCCCGCGCGCUGCUCCUUUUGCUCGCGCCCCUGCUUUCAGACUCCCUAGCACCGCUGCCCGGCGAUGGAACUCCACGGAAGAGAAGGUGAAGGGCCAGGUCAUUGGUAUUGAUCUGGGUACUACCAACUCUGCUGUUGCUGUUAUGGAGGGCAAGACGCCCAAGAUCAUUGAGAACACUGAGGGUGCCCGCACAACACCCUCCGUCGUCGCCUUCGCCCAGGACGGUGAGCGUCUUGUCGGUAUCGCUGCUAAGCGCCAGGCUGUUGUCAACCCUGAAAACACUCUGUUCGCCACCAAGCGUCUCAUCGGCCGCAAAUUCACCGAUGCUGAGGUUCAGCGUGACAUCAAGGAGGUCCCCUACAAGAUCGUCCAGCACACCAACGGUGACGCCUGGGUUGAGGCCCGUGGCAACAAGUACUCUCCCGCUCAGAUCGGAGGUUUCGUUCUCAACAAGAUGAAGGAGACUGCUGAGAACUACCUGAGCAAGCCCAUCAAGAACGCUGUCGUUACUGUCCCUGCCUACUUCAACGACUCCCAGCGUCAGGCUACUAAGGAUGCUGGUCAGAUUGCUGGUCUCAACGUCCUCCGUGUUGUCAACGAGCCCACUGCUGCUGCCCUUGCCUACGGUCUUGAGAAGGAGGCUGACCGUGUUGUCGCUGUCUACGAUCUCGGUGGUGGUACUUUCGAUAUCUCUGUUCUUGAGAUCCAGAAGGGUGUGUUCGAGGUGAAGUCGACCAACGGUGACACCCACCUUGGUGGUGAGGACUUUGACAUCAACCUGGUUCGCCACAUUGUCCAGCAGUUCAAGAAGGAGUCCGGUCUUGACCUCUCCGGUGACCGCAUGGCUAUCCAGCGUAUCCGUGAAGCCGCUGAGAAGGCCAAGAUUGAAUUGUCCUCUUCUCUGCAGACUGAGAUCAACCUUCCCUUCAUCACUGCUGAUGCCAGCGGUGCUAAGCACAUCAACCUCAAGAUGACCCGCUCUCAGCUUGAGUCUCUUGUCGACCCUCUCAUCAACCGCACUGUUGAACCCGUGCGCAAGGCCCUCAAGGAUGCCAACCUCCAGUCCAGCGAGAUCCAGGACAUCAUCCUUGUUGGUGGUAUGACCCGUAUGCCCAAGGUCACCGAGUCCGUCAAGUCCAUCUUCGGCCGUGAGCCCGCCAAGUCUGUCAACCCCGAUGAGGCUGUCGCCAUUGGUGCCGCUGUUCAGGGUGCCGUCCUUGCUGGUGAGGUUACUGACGUUCUGCUCCUCGAUGUCACACCCCUCUCUCUCGGUAUCGAGACCCUUGGCGGUGUUUUCACUCGUCUGAUUAACCGCAACACCACAAUCCCCACCAAGAAGUCCCAGACCUUCUCUACCGCUGCCGACUUCCAGACUGCUGUUGAGAUCAAGGUCUUCCAGGGUGAGCGUGAGCUUGUCAAGGAUAACAAGCUGCUUGGAAACUUCCAGCUUGUUGGCAUUCCUCCUGCCCACCGUGGUGUCCCCCAGGUUGAGGUUACCUUCGACAUUGACGCUGACUCCAUUGUCCACGUCCACGCCAAGGACAAGUCCACUAACAAGGACCAGUCCAUCACCAUUGCCUCUGGCUCCGGUCUCUCUGACGCUGAGAUCCAGUCCAUGGUUGACGAUGCUGAGAAGUACGGUGCUCAGGACAAGGAACGCAAGCUUGCCAUUGAGGCUGCCAACCGUGCUGACUCUGUCCUGAAUGAUACUGAGAAGGCCCUCAAGGAGUUCGAGGACCGUCUUGACAAGGCUGAGGCUGAGCAGAUCCGUGAGAAGAUCAACACUCUCCGCGAGUUUGUUGCCAAGAACCAGUCUGGUGAGCUUGCCGCCACCGCCGAUGAGCUCAAGCAGAAGACCGAUGAGCUCCAGACUGCCAGCUUGACCCUCUUCGACAAGAUGCACAAGGCCCAGUCUGAGCAGCAGCAGCAGCAGCCUCCCCAGGGCGAGAAUGGCCAGGGCGAGAACAAGCAAUAA